AUGGCUUCGAGGGCCGCGAAUUGUGCCCGAUUGCCUGUCCGACCGCCUGCUGGUCAUCAUCGCCUCUACUCAUCCAAAGUCGAAGAGUCGAUCAAACGUGUCGCGCGUGAAGCAGCCACCAAGGUCCAGAACACAGCGAUACCGCGCAAGGUGCUCAUCUACCACGCGGGCACGAUCCGCACCACGUUCCUCGGAUUCCUCAAGGCGUCCACCCUGCUCGUCGGGGCCUUCUACCUCAGUCUCGUGGUGCCCGCCUACAUCAAGGAGGGCAAAGAUCCACUGGAAAUUGUCAAGGUGGCCGCCUGCGGCAUCAUCCCCGCCGUCUUCAUCGGUUUCAUCUCGACGCCGUUCGUGACACACAUCCACAUCCGACUGCCGCAGUCCGUGGCCGGGUCCAGGCAGUACAUUGAGCGAUAUCUACAGACGGGCGGUCUCAAGCCUACGACACCUAUCGAGGUGACGACUGUUGGUGUCAUCGCCACGCCGCGCACCUUCAUCAUCCCCGCGGGCGAUCUCCUCCCGACACGUCGGAGAAUGGGCAUUGUCAACUACGUCCGCCGGUCGUCGCCAGAGCUGGAGCAAGAGAUCAAGCAGAAGAAGUGGUACCAAUUCCGCCCCGCUACACACUUUUACAUACAGCAAGGUCGACCUGGACAACCGCGCCAGACACGCUACCACGACCCCAAAUCCGACAAAGUCCAGUGGUGGAUCUGGGAGACGCUCAAAGAGAAGCUCGACAAGCGCGCGUCCGUCUAA